CAUUUCAAUUUGAAAUUCAAACGGCUGAAGAGACGGUGGACUGAAGAGAUCGCUUCAGAAAAUAGAACUCUACUGAAGAUCAUGUCUCGCUUGCCAGUCAGCAAGAGGGUCUUCACAAGCAGCAGCUCAGAGAAUGGCCAAGACAUGGGACCUGCCCAGAAAAGGGUUCGAAAGGAUCCAGAGCCAGUCAGACCACAGGCAGCAGCUACGAUCAUUGGAGGCAGACGACCCCCUGUUGUAGCAUCUAGGGCACCCAUUUCCAAGCCAGUCAGAAGUGUGGGAGCUGCCACUGUGGCUACUGCUCCUUCUAGAGGUGUCCUGAAACAAUCUAUUGCAUCGACUGCGGCAAAAGGGGGCAAUGUCAGACCAGCUGUUGCUCCAGCUGGCACAAAAGCAGGUGGGGGCGGUGUCGUCAAGCGAAAUAAAUGGGACCUUAAGGGGAAGGUCAGCGACAUGGAGGACAAGCUCCGAAACUACCAGACCAAGGUCAAAUCUGCCAAUCAGGAGAAUGAGGUUCUGAAAGGUUCGGUGGCUCAGAGCCAAACAAGAGUGAUUGAGAUGGAGAAGGAACUUCUGAAGCACAUGAAACAGAUCAGCGAGUAUGAAGAUGAGCUGCAGGCAUUGUCAGGAGUCCAGGCUGAGUUGGAGAGAGUUUGCAGUGAUAAGAGCACUCUUCAAAAGGAACUCUCUAACUUAGAGGAAAAAUAUAAAGUCAUGGAGACACUCCGAGACAGCCAGGAGAUGGAGCUGCAAACUCUGAAGAUGAAGCUUUCAGUGCAGGAGUCAACUCUGGCUCGUGUGCAAGCGACCCUCAGAGACACAGAGGAGGAGGUCCGUUCUCUCAAAGAGACUGUGGCUCAGCAGAAGGACGAGCUUCACGCUGGGGAGAUGGAGCGGAGACGGCUUCACAACACCAUCCAGGAGCUCAAGGGUAAUAUUAGAGUGUUUUGCAGAGUGCGCCCACUGGUGGAUGGAGGCAUCAGCAAACACAUUCAGCUCUCAGCCAGCGACAACAAGAUGAUAACACUGGCCAAAACAGAGGAGUCUCACACAGGCAAAACUGCAGACACUCAGAGAAACUACAAUUUCAGUUUUGACCGAGUGUUUGGCCCCCAGGCUUCACAACAAGAGGUCUUUGAAGAGAUCUCAUUGCUGGUGCAGUCUGCGCUGGAUGGUUACAACGUCUGCUGCUUUGCCUAUGGUCAGACGGGGAGUGGAAAGACGUACACCAUGGAGGGAGCAGAGUAUGAUGAGUGCAGAGGAGUCAUUCCCAGGGCUGUGCAGCAAAUCUUCAAGGCAGCUGAGAAACUUGGAACCCAAGGAUGGGAGUUCAGCUUCACAGCAAGUUUUGUUGAAAUUUACAACGAAACUCUGCGGGAUCUUCUCUACACUGGGAAGGCAAGCAAGAGGCCUGAGCAUGAGAUCAGAAAGUCAACCACCAACGAGGUGACGAUCACCAACCUCACCUAUGAAAAGGUGUCCAACGAGGAUCAGGUUCUGGGCCUAAUUGCAUUGGCCAAUCAGAAUCGCUCCACAGCUCAAACAGCUCAGAACGACCGCUCCUCACGCUCCCAUUCAGUCUUCCAGCUGGAUAUUGAGGGAGUGAAUGCUGGCAGGGAUGUCAAAUGCAAGUCCACUCUGUGCCUGGUGGACCUGGCAGGCAGUGAGCGAAUGUUGAAGAGUCAGUCUCAGGGCGAGCGCUUCAAAGAGAUGACGGCCAUCAACGGCUCCCUUUCUAACCUGGGCAUCGUCAUCGCAGCACUGGCCAACAAGGAGAGCUAUGUUCCAUACAGGAACUCCAAGCUUACCUACCUCCUGCAGGGCUGCUUGGGAGGAAACAGCAAAACUCUGAUGUUUGUGAACAUCGCUCCAGAGCAAGACAGCUUUGGAGAAACUCUCAACUCCUUGAGGUUUGCCAGCAAGGUGAAUGACUGUGUUAUUGGGACUGCCAGCGCCAACAGGAAGUAGAGAGAUAUCCUUCCCCUGAAUUGUUCUGUGUAAUUGUUUUUGAUGUCUUUUUUUGUAAACAUUGUACUGUGUGGCACACUGUAAUGCCUGUAUAUAAGAAUCAAAAACUAAAAUACUAGUGCAUAUUCUCAGGGCCCUGAGUAGUGGCCACUAAUACAGGCUUUUAAACAUUUUUAUGCCUUUGUACAAAUCAAAUGGGUUGUACUGUACAUAUACACAUUUCUUGUCAGUUUUUUUUAACAAGUAUAUAUAUUUUUUAAUGCAUGCUUAGGAGUUGUUCUUGAUUGAAGAUAAUAUUCUCAAGAUGAAACAUUUAAGGUCCUUUUUUCAUGAUAUAUUUUUAAGAAAGGACAUUUAUUUACAUUCUUGCUCCCAAUUACAUAUUACUCAUAACUUGCACAAUAAUUGCUAAUAAAUGUAGUCAAAAUGUCA